ACGUGUCCCAGGUCUGUGUUCUCACCUGUGUCAGGUUUAGCCUCUCACCUGUGUCAAGUGCAGGCUUUAACCUGUCUCAGGUCUGUGCUCUCACCUGUCCCUGUAUCACCUCUGCGUUCUCACCUGUGUCAAGUUUAGCCUCUCACCUGUGUCAGGUACAGGCUUUCGCCUGUCCUUGUGUCAGGUCUGUGCUCUCACCUGUGUCAGGUGCAGGCUCUCACCUGUGUCAGGUCUGAGCUCUUACCUGUCUCAGAUCUGGGCUCUCGCCUGUCCCACGUCAGAGCUCUCACCUGUCCUAGGUCAGGGCUCUCACCUGUCCCAGGUUUGUGCUCUCACCUGUCCCAGCUCUGUGCUCUCACCUGUUCCAGGUUUGGGCUCUUACCUGUAUCAGCUCUGGGCUCUCACCUGUUCCAGGUUUGGGCUCUCACCUGUCCCAGGUUUGUGCUCUCACCUGUGUCAGCUCUGUGCUCUCAUAUGUCCCAGGUCAGGGCUCUCACCUGCGGCCGUGUCCCCCCCAGGUGCGGCCAUGGCGGGCGCGGCGCCCCCCGCAGGUGCCCCCGAGCACCCCUUCACCUGCCGGGAGUGCGGCAAAUCCUUCCGCUGGUCCUCGCGCCUGGCGCAUCACCUGCGCAGCCACACAGGUGAGCGCCCCUACAAGUGCCCCGAGUGCCCCAAGGCCUUCAAGGGCUCCUCUGCCCUCCUCUACCACCUGCGGGGCCACACAGGUGAGCGCCCCUACACCUGCGCCACCUGCGGCAAGAGCUUCAAGCGCUCCUCGCUGCUGCAGACUCACCUGCGCGUGCACACGGGGCUGCGCGCCUUCAGGUGCGCCCAGUGCGGCCUCACCUUCAAGUGGGCGUCGCACUACCAGUACCACCUGCGGCAGCACUCAGGUGAGCGGCCCUACCGCUGCCCCACCUGCCCCAAGGCCUUCAAGAACUCCUCCAGCCUGCGGCGCCACCGCCACACGCACACAGGUGAGCGCCCGCACACCUGCGACACCUGCGGCAAGGGCUUCGCCCAGGCCACCAACCUGCGGCAGCACCUGCGGGUGCACACGGGGGAGCGGCCAUACACCUGCGGCACCUGCGGGAAGAGCUUCACGCACUCGUCCAACCUGCACCUGCACCGGCGCACGCACGGCCCCGCCCCGCAGUGCCCCACCUGCGCCACGCCCUUGGCCUCGCCCACCUGCCCGCAGCGGCACCUGCAGGGCCCCGCCCGCCUGGCGCCGCCUCACCUGAGCCCCUCUGGAGGCGCUGGGGCUCACCUGUGCAGAGCAGGAGGUGACAGCCACGCCGGCCACGCCCCGGCCCCGCCUCACCGCUGCCUCACCUGCGGCAAGAGCUUCAAGAACAGCUCGGGGCUGGCGCGACACCUGCCCGGCCACGAGCGGCCCAGUGCCCCGCCCGUGCCAGGUGAGGCCGAGGCGCCGGCCCCGCCCGAGCGGCCGUACAGGUGCGGCGAGUGCGGCAAGGCCUUCAAGGGCUCCUCGGGGCUGCGCUACCACCUGCGCGACCACACAGGUGAGCGCCCCUACACCUGCGCCACCUGCGGCAAGAGCUUCAAGCGCUCCUCGCUGCUGCAGACUCACCUGCGCGUGCACACGGGGCUGCGCGCCUUCAGGUGCGCCCAGUGCGGCCUCACCUUCAAGUGGGCGUCACACUACCAGUACCACCUGCGGCAGCACUCAGGUGAGCGGCCCUACCGCUGCCCCACCUGCCCCAAGGCCUUCAAGAACUCCUCCAGCCUGCGGCGCCACCGCCACACGCACACAGGUGAGCGCCCGCACACCUGCGACACCUGCGGCAAGGGCUUCGCCCAGGCCACCAACCUGCGGCAGCACCUGCGGGUGCACACGGGGGAGCGGCCGUACACCUGCGGCACCUGCGGGAAGAGCUUCACGCACUCGUCCAACCUGCACCUGCACCGGCGCACUCACUCGGCGGCGCGGCCCUUCCGCUGCCCCACCUGUCCCAAGGCCUUCGUCAUGGCCGCCUACCUGCAGCGGCACCUGCGCACGCGGCCCCGCCCAGCGCCCCGCGGCGCUGCCGCACCUGGCGGUGCCGCACCUGUGCCCGCUGGCGCUUACCUGGUGCUGCCCGCCCCCGGCGGCGCCUCCCCCCAUAAGGUGCUGCUGGUGGCGGCCACGCCCGGCCACGCCCGGCCGCACCUGGCGCAGGUGGGCAGGGGGCAGCGCACCUGGCAGAGCGUCCUGCUCCUACCUGGGGCGGGGAGGGAGGGGGCGGCAGCGGGGGUGACAGGUGUAGGUGUGACAGGGGUGGCGGGUGUGACAGGUGUGACAGGGGUGACAGGUCUCACAGGUGUGACAGGGGUGGCAGGUGUGACAAGUGCAGGUGUGACAGGUAUGACAGGUGUUGGUGUCACAGGGGUCCCAGGUGUGACAGGGGUCACAGGUGUCACAGGGCUUACAGGUGUGGCAGGUGUAGGUGUGGCAGGUGUGACAGGUGUAGGGGUCCCAGGAGUCACAGGUGUGGCAGGUGUCACAGGGGUCACAGGUGUGGCAGGUGUCCAGCUCCAGGUGCUGCCGGUGGCCCCAGAAGUCACCAAUGUCCAGGUUCAGGGUGGGGAGGUGACAGGUGUGAUGGGUGUGGCAGGUGUGACAGGUGUGAGAGAUGUAGGUGUGACAAGUGCAGGUGUGACAGGUGUGACAGGUGCAGGUGUGACAGGUGUAGGUGUGGCAGCUCUCACAGGUUUCACAGGUGUGACAGGGCUGCAGCUCCGGGUGCUGCCAGUGCCCUCAGAAGUCACCAGCGUCCAGCUCCAGGCAGGUGAGGUCACCAACGUCCAACUCCAGGUGUUGCCACCACCACCUUCAGGUGGCACAGGUGUGCAGCUCCAGGUGCUGCCUGCACCACCUGAGGUCACCAGCGUCCAGCUGUGCACAGGUGAAGUGACCAAUGUCCAGCUCCAGGUGUUGCCACCAAGCCCAGGUGGCACAGGUGUGCAGCUCCAGGCAGGUGAGGUGACCAACGUCCAGCUCCAGGUGUUGCCACCACCACCACCUCAGGUCACAGGUGUGCAGCUCCAGGUGUUGCCACCAAGCCCAGGUGGCACAGGUGUGCAGCUCCAGGCAGGUGAGGUGACCAACGUCCAGCUCCAAGCCCUGCCGCUGACCUCAGGUGUCGCCAACGUUCAGCUCCAGGUGUUGCCACCACCCGCAGGUGGCACAGGUGUUCAGCUCCAGGUGUUGCCACCACCCGCAGGUGGCACAGGUGUGCAGCUCCAGGUGUUGCCAGCACCACCUGAGGUCACCAAUGUCCAGCUCCAGGGCACCGAGCUGCCCAGUGUCCACCUGGACAGUUCAGAACUGCCCGGUGUCCACCUGGAGACAAUGGAGGAGGUACCUGGUGCCCACCUGGACGUGUCAGAGGUGCCCGGUGUCCACUUGGACACCUCAGAGCUGCCCAGUGCUCACCUGGACACCACAGAGGUGACCGAUGUCCACCUGGACGUGUCAGAGGUGCCCGGUGUCCACCUGGAGACCUCAGAACUGCCCAGUGUCCACCUGGAGACUUCAGAGGUGACCAGUGUCCACCUGGAGACCGUGGAGGAGGUGCACAGUGCCCACCUGGAGAGCUCAGAGGUGACCAGUGUCCACCUGGAACCCACUGAGGUGACCGAUGUCCACCUGGAGAGCUCAGAACUGCCCAGUGUCCACCUGGAGAGCUCAGAGGUGACCAAUGUCCACCUGGAACCCACUGAGGUGACCGAUGUCCACCUGGACACAUCAGAGGUGAGCAGUGUCCACCUGGAGAGCUCAGAGGUGACCAGUGUCCACCUGGAACCCACGGAGGUGACCGAUGUCCACCUGGAGAGCUCAGAACUGCCCAGUGUCCACCUGGAGAGCUCAGAGGUGACCGAUGUCCACCUGGAACCCACGGAGGUGACCGAUGUCCACCUGGAGACCACGGAGGAAGUGCCCAAUGUCCACCUGGAAGUGCCCAGUGUCCACCUGGAGACCACUGAGGAGGUGUCCGGUGCCCACCUGGACACCUUGGCAAUGACCAGUGUCCACCUGGAGGUGCCCGGUGCCCACCUGGAGCCCUGUGAGGUGCACCUGGAACCCCCCUAGGAGGUGACCGAUGUCCACCUGGAGACCUUGGAGCUGCCCAGUGCCCACCUGGAGGUGCCCAAUGUCCACCUGGACAUAUCAGAGGCACCCAGUUCCCACCUGGAGAGCACGCAGGUGCUCAGCGCUCACCUGGAGACCAUGGACAUGUCCGAUGCCCACCUGGACACACCUUGGAGGUGCCCAGUGCCCACCUGGGCGUGUCAGAGGCGCCCGGUGCUCACCUGGAGAGCACGCAGGUGCCCAGCGCUCACCUGGACACACCUUGGAGGUUCUCUCUGACCACCUGGACACACCUUGGAGGUGCCCAGCGCCCACCUGGAGACACCUUGGAGAUGCCCAGUGCUCACCUGGACACAUCAGUGUCCACCUGGACAUGUCAGAGGUGCCCAGUGCCCACCUGGACACAUCAGUGCCCACCUAGACACACCUUGGAGGUGCCCAGUACCCACCUGGAGCCCCCUGGGUGCUCCUGGCCUGGGGAACCCCGUGCCCCACCCCGUGCACACCUGUGCCCGCAGGUGAGGGGAGUGCCGGGGGGUACCUGAGGGGUGCCAGGGGGUACCUGGGGGUACCUGAGCUCCCCUGCCCAGGUGAGGCCGUUCC